AUGAGGUUUGGGAAGAAGGGAAAGUUAAGUCCCAAGUUUAUUGGCCCCUACGAAAUCUUGGAAAGAGUUGGAAAUCUGGCUUACCGCCUAGCCUUACUAGCCGAAUUGGACCGAUGGCACAACGUAUUCCACGUAUCACAACUAAAGAAAUACGUGCACGAUGCAACUCAUGUCCUCCAGCCUGAGGUAGUGAGUUUUGAUGGGACUUUGUCCUAUGAGGAGAAACCCGUAAGAAUCCUAGACACAAAGACAAGGGAAACUCGCAGGAAGACUGUGAAAAUGGUCAAAGUCCUUUGGUCCAACCACGAAACCGAAGAAGUGACUUUGGAACUAGAGGAUACGAUGAGGGAGCGCUACCCCGACUUAUUCGCGCAAGAGCUUGUCGUAGGAUUUAUGUUAUGGUUGCUUGAUGAUCUUGAAGUUCUUGAUAUUCAUAAUGCGUAUAUGUAUGAUCUUGGGUUCAAAGCAGGUUUAGAGCUUGUUAUUAGGGUUUGUAUGAUAGCAUCUUGA